UUUGUUAUUAAUUUUUUUAAUGGAGUGAAUAAGUACCAUCCCAAACAAACAACGGACUUCUCUAGUGUUACGCCUAAGUUUUUUUUAUUUUCUGGUACUAAUAAGCCAGUAUAAUAACCCUCAAUUGAUACAUAAUUCACAGGACAAUUAUUUUUCUGGCCAAGGUAUAAUAUUAACUACGUACUUAUUCAUUCGGAACUUUCUCCGUAUUGAUAAAGGUAGUGAUUCCUUUUCGCUAGAAAAAUGCAAAUCCGGCCUCAUCUAAUAAUUCCCCCCGCACCGACAAAAUCCCUCCUGCACGGGGCUAAGUUACCUUUUCGAAUACAACAAUUCGCCGGUUUCCUUCCAUUAUCCAUCACAACGCCCGGUUCCAGAAAACCCCUCUCGCUCGACUGUCCCCCCUGGUACAAAUCCCCAUCCACAUUACUCCCCAUUUUCUACACACUACUCACACUUUCCCCCAUGACAAAUAGCCAGGAUCCCGACCAUUACGAGCAGAUAACUGCGGAAUAUGUCUCCAAGGGACGCAAUACCUUCAGCGCGGUCACAAGUUGUUGGGGAUUUUGUUCCAUCAUAUGUCCCUUGCUCAUCAGGUUGUAUCUCGUCACUAGUAGGAAACGUGUUGCCACAUUCUGGCAGAAAUUCACCGCCAUUGUUACCAUUUUGGAGGCAAAUUUUGCCCACGAGGAGGGCACCCUAAAAACAUUCUUAAGGAAAAUCAGUGUGAAAUGUGUUGUCCAUAUAUCUCUGCAAGUAACAAUGUCCUCCUUUUCGACUGGGGUGUAUCUAUAUUUCACGAACGUUGUGAAUUCGGAUUUCAAUAUUAUCGGCUUCAUGCGAGACCUAUCUUUCAGUUGGCUUGAUUUCCUGACGAAUUUUUGUCUUCAUGGAGUCAUUUAUUUUGUGAUGAGCUAUGAACUUUGUGUGACUCGAUUGCUGAACGUUUUACGGGAUGAGCUGAACCGGAAAUGGUUGACAAAUUUGGGGAAAGUUAGGAGCAUGGUGGAAUUUUAUUACCGUUUGGACAACAAUGUGCAAGAAUUUAACUCCCUGUUUGGCAGGGUUUUGAAUAUUUAUGUUGUUUAUACUUUAGGAAAUUUGUUAUAUUCGAUUUAUUUCGUUGUGAUAUCGUUCAGUACGAAGGACACUUUUUCGGGUGGAUUUAAUCUGGUAAAAUUGGCAUUGUCUACCACUUACUUUUAUUGCUUGGUAAAUAGUUCGAGUGAAUUGGAAGAGAAAAGUAGAAUGUUUGCUAAAAGGGUUAAGUUUAUUGAUUAUGAUGACCAUGAUGAGUCACGCAUGACUUGGGUAGCUGAGAAAAUUGCGAUAUAUAAAUUGAGCCAAUCUACAAAUAAUCAGGUUUGUUAAUUAGUCAAUUAAAUAAAUAUUGAAGGUAUAUCUUUAAUUGGCAUCGUCUACUUUUACAGAAACACGAAUUUAAGGAGUUUCCGUCCCUUGAUCCGAUAAUUAUUGCAAAUUCGAUGCUGGAUUUGAAUUUGCGACUUUUGAUCUCAAUGAUUGCUGCCAUUACAACGUACGUGGUUAUUAUCUAUCAAUUCCAAUCAGUGGACAGUUCGUAAUUUUAUCUAAAUACAAAUAGUCGUUGAUAAAAUAUGCAUGGGUGUGAAAAUUGCUUAAAUACGAAUAAAGACAUCUAAACAUCUAAA